AUGUCAUUAUCUUUUCAUUCUCGACUAUCUGAUAAUCUUGGUACUCUACUCGAACACGCAGAAGACUACGACGUUACGAUUAAAGUAGGAAAGCCCAAAGUUGAAAAUAAACAUUUUCGUGCACAUUCGGUUAUUCUAAGAGCAAGGUCAGAAUAUUUUCGGGCUGCUUUAUCAAAUAAGUGGGCAAAGAAAGAAGGAACAAAAUAUGUGUUUGAAAAGCCUAAUAUUAGACCGAUAGUAUUUGAAGUGAUACUUAGGUAUAUAUAUAGUGGCAAUAUCGUACUAGAUAAACUUAACGGAAAGGAUAUAAUAGAACUUUUAGUGGCAGCCGAUGAAUUAAUUUUUGAGGAACUUAUAUAUCCACUACAAGAUUAUCUUCUUAAAAAUCAAUUAACAUGGAUUCAAGAGAACAUUUUAUACGUUUUAAACACAGUUGUAAAAAUAAAUGCAUGUAGCCAAUUAAGAUUUCACUGUAUAUCGAUAGUCUGUCCGGAUCCUGUUAAAUUUUUCGAAUCACAAGAAUUCAUCGAAUUGGAUGACACAAAGGAAUUUAAUGCAUUAGAAAAAACUUUACAACGGUGUAUUCCGUUGAUAAGGUUUGGUCAACUUUCAAUUGAAGAAUUUAACACUAAAGUCAAACCAUUCAUAAAGAUUUUACCGUCAAAUUUGAGAUCAAGAAUUGUCCAACAUUUAUUGGCUAAAAGACAACCGGAGACUAAUUUGAUCACAAUAUCGACAACCCCAGAAAGAGCGAUAGACUCAAUAAUCAUCACGCAAAAACAAGCUGCUCUUAUUGCUUGUUGGAUAGAUCGAAAACCAGUGACUGAGUCUACAUCCCUAUCUGAUAUGUUUCCAAUUCCGUAUUAUUUCAGAUUAUUAUUUCGUGGAAGUCGAGACGGAUAUUUUGCUAAAACAUUUCAUACUCAAUGUGAUGGUCAGGGUGCUACAGUAGUUGUCGUGAGAGUAAGUAAAUCGGAUGAGUUAAUAGGAGGCUACAAUCCGAUAGGAUGGUCUUCACCCAGAGAUGUUGAAUGGCGUGGUACACGCGAUAGCUUUAUAUUUUCUUUAGGUGAUGGAAAAGAACUAAGUAAAGCAAAACUAAGUAGGAUUAAAGAUGAUUAUGUAAAUGACGCAAUCCAACUUCAUGAUCGACUUGGUCCUUCUUUUGGUUUUUACGAAUUGAAAAUUGUUGACGAUGCUGCGCGAGCUGAAACAAGUUAUGCAUCCGGUGGAUUGAAGUAUGAACAUGCUAUUAGGGAUAAAUGGAAUUAUUUCAGAGUAGAUGAUUAUGAAGUUUUUCAAGUUUUAAAGAAAUAA